GUCCAAUAAUGGCUUGGGGAUCCCGGCGAGUAACAUGACUAAAAAGAAGCGGGAGAAUCUGGGCGUCGCUCUGGAGAUCGAUGGGCUGGAGGAAAAGCUGUCACAAUGUCGGAGGGACCUGGAGGCUGUGAACUCCAGGCUCUAUGGGGCGGAGCUGAGCCUAGAGGCCAGGAAGUCUCUGGAGAAGGAGAAAAACAGCCUGAUGAGCAAAGCCUCCAACUAUGAGAAGGAGCUGAAGUUGCUUCGGCAGGAGAACCGGAAGAACACACUGCUCUCUCUGGCCAUCUUCGUCAUCCUGAGCCUCGUCUAUGCCUACUGGACCGCAUGAGCCUGUGAUUUCUCCAGUCAGCAACCUGGUCACAGCCAAGCAGGCCCUCAGGCCUCUAGAGGACCAAGGUACAGGGGCAUGUCUACCCCACCCAGACACUGGGACAGAGCUUCCUGUUGGCCCAGCCCCUCCGCCUCCUGGUCCUAGUCUCCAGGACUUUGUGCUGGCUCUUCCCUUAGCCCAAGGGAGAGGUAAUAAAGAGCACCCAGGCUGCUGUGUGCUGAGUAAA